UGGAAACCUCAGGGAUAAUAAUAUUGUUAUUAAAGAGGAGUUUAAAGAGGAGGAUGAGGUGUAUGGUGUGAUGGAGAAAUUUUCAGGACACAAAGAUAUAAUGGAGCCAGCUAAUAAGAGAAACCCUAUAGAGAGAUGUUCCCGUCCUCUGUAUCCCGGGGAUUUCACACAGGAAGGUCACACCAUUCCUCACCAUCAUCAGGGUGAAGAUCUGAUAACCAUGAAAGUUGAGGGUGAAGUAGAAGAGACGUAUGUGAGGGAUGAUCAGCAAUAUACGGAGGAGGCUGGAAUGACGAGGACAUUCAAAGAGGAGGACAUUCCUACAGAGAUCAGCACAGGACACAUCGACGAACCCUCAAAGGAUCGUCUCACUUUAUCUCCAGGUUGUGAAAUGGAAGAUGAGGACAUCACAAGAGAUUGUACAGGAGAAAAGACAAUGAGCUCAGCUAUGGAUGAAGGAUUUCACAGUGUGGAGAGACCAUCCAAUCCCUCUGACUCUGAACAGCCUGGUACUGUGAGGGAUGGUGCCAGAGUUCAUAGGAAGGAGAAACUUUCCUGGCCUGAAUGUAUGGAAAGUUUUAGCUCUGAAUUAAGUCUUACUGUACAUCAGAGAUCUCACACGGGUGAGAAGCCACAUUCCUGCCAAGAAUGUGGGAAAUGUUUUAUACAGAAAUCAAGUCUUACUGUACAUCAAAGAUCUCACACUGGGAAUAAGCCAUAUUCCUGCCCUGAGUGCGGGAAAAGUUUUUCACAGAAAUCAAUCCUGGUCAGACACCAGAGAUCUCACACAGGAGAGAAGCCGUAUUACUGCCCUGAGUGCGGGAAAGGUUAUACAAAGAAAUCAGACCUUCUUAUACAUCAGAGAUUGCACACGGAGGACAAGCUGUAUUCCUGUCCCGAAUGUGGAAAAUGUUUUUCAAAGAAAACAAGUUUUGUUAUACAUCAGAAAUUGCACACGGGGGAGAAGCCAUAUUUUUGCUCUGAGUGCGGAAAAUGUUUUACAUGGAAAUCAUACCUUGUUAGGCACCAGAGAUCUCACACAGGAGAGAAGCCGUAUCCCUGCCCUGAGUGCGGAAAAAGUUUUUCAGAUAAAUCAGUCCUUGUUAGACAUCAGAGAUCUCACACUGGGGAGAAACCGUUUUCCUGCCCUGAUUGUGGAAAAUGUUAUGCAUGGAAAGCAGACCUUGUUUUACAUCAGAGAUAUCACAGUGGGGUGUAGGAAUGAGUGGAACAUUCCUGAGUUCAGUUUACGAGGAGGUUCGCUGAACUGCUCCUAAUCUCUGAAUGUUAAUCCAAAGCCCACUGAAUUCAAUGGAAAUAGAAUCUUUAAAAUCAGUUAUUUUUCUCACAAAAUAUCUGCAACUUAAAUCUUAAUUGCUGCUGCUUUAUGAUACCUAGCCAUUCCGUUUAACAUAAAUAGAAAGAAACAUAAUACAUAAAAUACUUUUUAUAUAUAUUUCUGGAUACGGUGAUGAGGCAUUUGUUAUAAGUGGAAUGUAUGCUCUAUUCAUGAUAUUAACCUAUUGCCAACUGCCAGUAGUACAUAUGCUCCCCCGACACCGUGACUUACCCAUACGGUGUUGUGAACUUCCUCCUAAUCUGUGCUGUGAUUGGACACAGCACUAGUUUGUCUGCAGGUUACAGCAAAUAAUUUGGCUGUAUACCUGCUGAUCGGAUGUCGCCAAUAACAUCACAGAGAACACAACCAUUAAGAACCGAAAGCAAGGAUCUGGAAGUAAAAGUUGCAUACAAUUGUUAGGCACACAGUUAACCCCUGAUUGCCCUCCUGAUCACUCAGCCAGUGUCCUUAGUACAGUAUUAUCACUGAUCUUUGUAUUAGCGUCACUGGCUGGAGUCAGGCUAGGAGGCCAAUAGCUAUAGUAGUGGAGCAGCACCCACUGAAAAGAAAGACAGAUUUACAGGCAGGUCACCUUGGCUGAUAACAUGGGCUCACCUGAGGUGCAGGGUCUAAGUACUAACUGGUAUUCACCAGAGCUCCUGAUGGUGGAGAUGGGUUUUGCUGCAUGUUAGUAACAGGUCGCUGUCCAUAGGCUCGUCCCACCAGCAGGUGAGCAAGCUGGGGUCCAGUAGCAGAUAUAACAGGUAUGGAUCAAGCAGAAGAGUAGUCAAGGAACAAGCCAAAGAUCGGUAAUAAAUAGUCGCAGGUUGAGAUUAAGCAGAAACGUAGUCGAGGAACAGGAGAAAUGUUGGUAACGAACGGUAGCAAAGAUACGGACAGCAGCAGGAAAGACAAAAGCAAGAUCUUGGCCAGAGAGAGCACAAUAAUCUGGCAAACAGGAAGUGCAGAGACAUGGUUUAAAUCAGGAAAUUCAUGGGAAGAGCAAGGAUUCGUUCAAGACAAACAAGAUUCAAGGCAGGAUCAUUCAAGGAAUUGUCCAGGGAACUGUCCAGCAUUCCAGGUUGCCUAGCAAGCAGAGUCAUUGACACGGCAAAGGUGUCCAUGCCCUGAUAGACUGAUUUUGACAGGAACCCACUCCCACCUCUGAUCUGAUCACCAUGGCGGAUCCACCGGAAGUUUUUCUCCCCCUGCACGUAGCUUUGUGGGACACAUAACAGGUCCCAGAAGACUGCUGGACCAUUCACAAAGCGCUGCUCGGCUCGUGCAGUGCCCAGUGGGCAGCCAGCUGUGAAGCUGCAAGAUGUCACAACCUGCUGCCUAUAGUUAACAUGUCAGUGCCUGAGACACGAAGACCGGUGUUAAAAGUUGGCAGUUUUAUAUAGCUGCUGAUUUUUUAGUUUUUGCAGAAAUGAGGGAAGCUUCUCGAUACAUAUGUUUUGCCAAUAGUUGAGAUCUGACGUGACCUAUAGAAGUAUGUAAUUGUAGAUGUAGUUUGUGUCGUAAUAAAGAUAUAAUAUUCUUUUAAUCGAUAAUUAGUCAUAGACCUACUGUAUGUUCUUCAAUUAGCAUUUGAAAAGGACAGUACAAGCCUCUAGACCAGGAGUGACACCUAGAUGCCAAAAAAUGAUCCAAUCCUUGGAUAGAGCUGUUACCUUCCCGAACCUCAAAGAAAAGUUCCAGUCAUAUCGUCCACAAGAACCAGCAGGGGACAGUGAGAAGGCCCCCGAAUGGUCUGCCAGCUUUGAUUAAUAUCAAAGGAAUAUAUUUUAUCUUUCAUAAAAGCUAAAAUAUUAGGUGCCGGGAGACAAAAAUAGUUCCUUCUGAUGGUACACAUGUUGGGCUACGUAUACAUGUAAAACUGUAUUUUUUUAGCAUAUGUAGAAUCCCGGAGAAACACACAAAAUGGAUAUAUGGAGCCUGUACAUGACAGCCAGACAGUGAUUAGUAUUGUCGUGAUUGGACUGACACGCUGCUGUCAGAUAUCCCAUCCUCGACUCAGCUAUCAGAACCAUCCAGGGCCCAUUUGAUCCUGAUUACUUCAGAACACAGAAUGUCCUUUGGGCUGGGACAGAAACAUCCCCCAGGUUUGAUUGGCCAAGGGCUAAAGUCCAGCCCACAUCCAUCUUAUAAUAAAUUGAGAACCCUGAGAUAUCAUCGGGGUAAGUCACACAGAGCCAGUCCCUCUGGUGGAUCGUGAAUGUUCUGACAUGCUCCUGUCACAGGAUAAACCUUGGUAAGGUUUUAUUUCUGCAUGCAGAUUGUAAACUAGCAGAUCUGCCAGAUGGAGAUGUGUGGUUGCUUAGCAGAUCAGUCAGCGGACAAAUUGCUAGGUGGUGGCGUCAGGGCUGGGUUCUCAUCCCUUCCUCUGUGCUCAGGUUUCUCAGCUGUCGGUUAAUUGCCAGUACUCAUCGUCCCACAGUGGCUCACCUGUUAAUCAUCUCCUGCUCAUCAAUCAAGCCCACAGCUAGGCCCUUCUGGCUAUUUAAACUGCCUGAAUCAUUUCAUCAAUUGCCUUCACCUUAGUCAACAUAUCUAGAGACUCUCUGCUGUGUUCCUGUUGAAGACUUGCCUGGAUGAUGUCCCUUUUGGUUCCUGAUCCUGUCUGCUGCC